AUGAUAUAGUCAUAACAAUAAUAAUACCCUUAUUGGUCGAAAGUGCUAGAGAAUUAAUGGCAAGAGAAACAACAGAAUGACUUUCAAUUCAAAUAGGAUCAAGAAUUAAGAAAGUAGAGGUAUAAAUAGGAAUUGUAAACUGACAUGAUGCUUCAUCAAUAGAAGAAAUAAGUGCAACAAAAUUUUAAUCAACAACUGGAAUCUAUAAUGUUGGAAACUUUAAGAUAGAGAGAAUCCAAGAAAUUAAAGGAAAUAGAAGAAAGAAAGAUCAAGUAAAUUCAGACUAGUUUGGAUAACCUUAAUAAUCUGAUGAUUAAAAAGAAAAUGAAUUUGGAGAGAUCAUAUAAUAACUAACAAUUAGAUAAGGAAUUCAUUAGACAGGAAUAGAUGAAGGAGAUGAAAAGUAUCGAAGAAAAAAAAUAAAAAAAAGAAGAAGAAGCAAAAUUAUUAAAAGUUACAUAUGAUGAUAUGAUCUACAAUAAAAGAAAAUUAAGAUAGGAGUAAUAACAAAAUGCUCAAACAUCCAUUCCAACAUUAACUAAUGAAUAAAAUAGAACUAAAGUUGAUACAAAGAAAUAUCAAGAAGAAUUGUAAAAACAGCUUGAAUAAAAAUAAAAAUAAUUGGAAGAGAUGAGAUUAAAGAAGAUUGAAGAAAGGUAAAAAGUGGAAUAGAAGAUAGAAUUCGAAAAGCAAAGGAUGAUGGAGAAUAAACUCAAGAAUUAUCAAGCAUAUAAAUAAUAUGAGACCGAGAAUUAUGAAUUGUUAUUAGAUAGAAAAUAAUAGUAAUAGAGCAAUCCAACAGAGUUGAUACUACUACAAAAUCCAUCUUAAAGUAAAUUACCAAGGAUUUAUUAAGAUAAUUAUUAUCCAAUAGAACGUAAAAAACAAUUAGAAUUACUCGAUAGGGAUCUCCUAAAGUAUUAAUUAUUACAAUAGCAGCAAAAGAUUAUUAAUCAUAAUCAUACAAUUCUCUCCCCUGUCUAAGAUAAUGUAUAAGAUGGAACUAAAUCUGAGAGUUCCAAACAUACAAAAUAAUCCAAAUAAUCUAAAUAGGCCUCAAAUGCUUUAAAUUAAUAAGUUCCAUAACAAUAGUAGCAAUAAGUCUAGGUCUCCACUCCAUCUCAAAAAUCCAGAAAUUCGAAACUAAAUACAAACAACCCGAUUGUUCAUUUGAAUUAAAGAUAUGUUCCAAAAAAACGAAGCUUUAAUAUUGUAACAGGAAUUAUCACUCCUAAUUGA